UUCUAGGGGUUCUACAUACAUAAAACUAAAUAAUGAUGAAAAAGUGAAGGUAAAAAACUUCCGGAAGAUGGAUGUCAACAAAAAAGUGUUGCAGCAUUAGAUAUAAUGUCUAAAGCAAAAAGGUUAUUUUGCUAGAAGUUAUUUCGAGUAUGGCUCAGGAAGUGAAGAAUGGGAAAAGCCACAAUGAUUUUAAAUGAAAUUGCAAUGUGUUGCGUGAUGAAUACAUUUUUAAAGUGCAAUCAUGCUUUCUGCAGAAAAGAUAUUCAACAUUGCUACAAUUCUACUAAACAAUGGCUAUAUACCAGCUGAAUCCCCAAAUAGUUUGGUAAAACUCUUUAAAUGGUAUUCUGAUACAAAAAUUGAUGAAAUUUUUGAAAGAACCAAGAUUAGCAAGAAUGAGCUAUACAUGUUCUUUAACGAAACCAUACCUUGCUUAGUUAAUACAACUCAAAAAUUUUCGAAUUCUUAUAAUGAUGCUGUGGUGCUGAAAAAGAUUGUUGAAAUUUGUUUUAAGAAAUAUGCCACAACCAGUAAUUUUAUAUGUGAACACGAGAAUAUUGAGGCAGGUAUACGAGGAAUCAUGCUCAUAAUAUCAAUCAUCUUUAUUCUUAUUCUAACUUUCUUUUGUGUCAAAAGAAAGAAUUGUUGUCUACAUUGUUGUGGAGGUUUUCCAGGGCCAGUUGUGCCACUGAAUAUGAUUGAUAGUUAUGAAAAUCGCAGUGGAUUUGCAUUGGCAUUUUGUGUUAUUGUUACUUCAUGUGUGAGUAUUUUAUUUGGAAACUAUCAAGACAUUGUUGGAUGGAAUUUGGCGGAUAUCAUUUCUACGUAUCCAGGCUUUAUUUCUAUUUUCAUCAAGUUAUCGUUUGCGGGAUUUGUAUCAAUGUUGGCUUAUCCUCUCUUUGUCUGCCAGAGCAUGAAGAAUAAACUUGUGGGAAGUGUGUUUGGUGUGUUUUUCUCAAGCGCAUGGCUAACAUUAGAGGGUUUUAAGAUAUUUGUCUUAGUUUCAUCUUGUUGGAAAGUUUAUAAAAAUGUUGGAAUGGGGAACUAUGGAUUAGUUGGAAUGUUCCUUGACUUUCCAAAACAAAUUUCUUUAAUGUUGUUACUGGUUAAAUUCCUAUGGACUAUUAUGAAAGUUUUAAUAAUGAAACGAUGUAAAGAUGAUCAGAUAAGAAGUAAAUUAUUUGAUGACGAGAGAAAUUGGCGAAAGGAGUAUAUGUAUGUGCAUGUAAGAAACUUAAUGCAGCGCAUUAGUCCUUGCAAUGAUGAAAAAGAGCAGACAUUAAAAACGAAAAUAACUGGUAAAAUAAAGUCAAAAAAGUAUCAAUAUAUUCCAGGUUUCAAGUACUCUACACGCAUAAUCGUCAGUACAGCGGUAGCAGUCGUGUCUGUUUAUAAUAUCAUUGUUCUUGCUAUUAUGAUUGGAUACAUUUACCUACAUCAAUUUUGGUCUUCGUACUUUUCCACUUCCGCAAUUUCAUUCGUUUCCAAAUACACUGGUGCACCAAUAUCAGAAGUAAAAUUAUAUGGCAUCUGUGUUAAAGUUUCGUAUUGGUUGUCGUUACCAGUAGCAGCGUUAUUUUUUAUAGCGGUUACUACAAAUUCUUUGACUUGGUAUAGACAACAUAUUAUGAGACUUAGGAGUGGAGAUCGAUCGUUCCUUCCAACAUCAGUUGACAAAGGAUCCCUUGGUGCCAAUAGCCUCAUGGCUGCCAGUAUCAAGUUCUCUGGAUUUUUAGUUGGUUAUUCAGUUUGGGGUUUCAUAAUUAUUGCUAUGAUAUUGUUUGUGGCAAUUUUGGGAAUAUCUACACAGAUUUUUCUACCAUUAAAAACAAACAGAUUGUCGUAUUUGUUGAUAUUGCUGAAAACUGUCUGGCCUACUGCUGUGGUUGCUGUCAUUGUUGCUUUGUUUCAAAUGCUCAUUUCAAGUUGUUGCUUUCAAUUAGAAAAAAAUUCUCUGGCCAUAGAUAACAGGAGAGCUUUCCAUAUUACAUCAUACUUCAUGUUUUUCUUCAAUAUUUUUCUUGGCCUGGUGUCUUGCUUAAAACGCAUCAUUUUGGGAAUGAUUUUAGGGGUUUUCUUUCUGCAGCGGUUGCAAAAAAGUGCGCUGCCAAGAUCAUACGAAAAACAGGAUCCAGGUUACUUAGCCUACUUGGGUUAUAUACUUUUGGAGCAUCAACAUGCGAAUCCUGUUUUACAAUGUUUCGUUCGAUUGCUUUUGGAAACCCAUAAAAAAACGCUGGGUAAUGAAAUUAUAACUGAACCCAAACAACCAGCUCAUGUACAACAUCUUGCUGACAUAAGUACGAAAUUCAUAACUGAACAUAACGGUUUAAACAUUGCAGAUAAAGAUUUUCGACGAAAGAGAGCAAUAACAAGAUGGUAUUUAUUUAUUUUCUUAAUGCUCAACCCGUCCUUGAUAAAAUAUCGAAAACAUAAUUUAUCGAAUCGAGGCAGUGUUGAUUUUCUGCAUCAAGUAUUUUUAAAUACAUUGAAAAAUGGCGAAAAAAAGGGUGAAGAAUUUGAAGAAGAGAGCGCAAUUGUAACAGAAGCCCAUUUUGAUAACAACAGCAGUAACAAAAACACAAACAACUUUGAAGAUUUGACUGACGUUGAUAAGGUUUCACUAUACGGAAGUUACCUUGUUAUUGGUGGUGACGAAUUCAAUGAUUCUUUGAACAGUGCAAAUGAAGAUUCGUUUGUGCUUAAUAUUAGCAGAGAAGAAAUCUUGUUGCAUGUUAAUACACAAAAAAAUGAAACAUUUUUAUAAAAAAAAUUAUACUUAGUUUGAUUGUUGGUUAUUGUUUAGAUUUAGGAGUGUAAUUUGUGACCUUGGUUGAUACUUUUAGGACAUGUUGUACCGUAAAAACUGAAAACAACAUAUGUGAACCGAACUUACGAAGAAAAUCGAGCUUUUGUUUUGUUUUAUUUCAGUUUGCUUUAUCUUUACUAGUUACUUAGAUGUUUGACUGACCUUGGAUUGGCAUUUCGUUGAAAAUAACAGAAAUUUUUUAGAAUUCUUAUUUCGAAUGGAGCUUCACCUGUCACGGUAUCUCCCUUCUUUAUAGAAGUAUCCUUUGUAAUGUUGAAAUGCUUUUUGUUGUGUUGUUUCUCAUACACACCCUAUUACAAUUUUUUUCUUCUUAACAGAACGAUUUAAGCUCUCCAUGCUGAAGCUUAUCUUUUGAGGGGAAAAAACAAACUUCUUGGAAAAAAACAAUGUAUUUGCUGCAAUAACAAAAAAAGUUGAAUGAAUUAAAAAUUCUAGUAUAAGCGAAUAAACUUCUAUUUACCAAAAAAUGGUUUACAUCGUCAAACGUGAGAUUUUAGGGCUUGACAAUACUCAAAUAUUACUUUUUUAUUUUUUUUUAUCUGACGCUUAGGUAUCCGGUAAAAUCUAAACUUUGGGAUGACAUUUAACAUAAAAUUAUUUAUACGUAUUUAUUAAUCAUUUUUAGAAUUUUUGAUUGUAUAUAAUUUUAUUGUGUUGCAAAUAAAAACUAAUACUUCUUGUUUUAUCAAAA